AUGAUCGUAGCCGAGAGAACCCAAUCCCGAGUAGGCGGUUCAGAUGGGAUGAGGGGGUUUAUACUGGGUCAUGGGGGGCUGAAAUUGGACUGGGGAUUUGUACUACCUUGGCCCCAAAUAAUGAUUAAAUCAGAUAGUCUCACUAGUCGGACGUUAGAAAUUUCUUAUCACUUUUCUUCUUACAAUAACUCUUUCUAUUUGUUACACAUUUUUUCCAGGACCUCCUCCAAAACUACCCCGCUCAUUUCGCCCUCCGCGAAAGGAUUUGCAAAUUGUGUCAAGAGAAACACAACGGUGACAAAGAGGUGCUCUACAAAUGUCUUCAGAACUGCUACAAGAACGACCAAUUCGAAAUGUGCACCUAUACUUUCACCGCUCCCGACAUUGAAUGCCUCGCUGCCAAGGAUGUCUUUUCUUGUCAGCAGAGGGCGCGUCAUAAGGAUAUCCCAUAA